UGACACUGGCCGGAAGUGGAGGCAGCGCCACGUCUGUGUUGAUCGCGAUGGCCGCCGCCGUGUCCGCGUCCGCGUCGGUGUCUGUGUGGGUCCCGGUGGCGGCGGCGCUGCUGCUGCUCCUCCUGGGCCCCGCCCCGAGCCUCGGCGUCUCCUUCAGCCUCGCGCCCAACAACAGGAAGUGUCUCCGCGAAGAAAUCCACAAAGAUGUCUUAGUGACCGGAGACUAUCAAAUCAGUGACCAACCGGGACUGAGCGCCCACCUGAAGGUCACAGACUCAUCGGGUCACAUCCUGUAUUCGAAGGAAGACGCCACUAAAGGCAAGUUUGCCUUCACCACGGACGAUUACGACAUGUUUGAGAUCUGCUUCGAGAGCAAACUCCCCCCAGGCCAUUUCCGAGUCCCUGACCAGGUCGUGACCCUCAACACCAAACACGGGGUAGAGGCCAAGAGUUACGAGGAUAUCGCCAAAGCUGAGAAGCUGAAGCCGCUGGAGGUUGAGUUGCGACGCCUGGAGGAUCUCUCAGAAUCCAUCGUCAAUGACUUUGCCUACAUGAAGCAACGAGAGGAGGAAAUGAGAGAUACCAACGAGUCCACGAGUGCCAGAGUGCUGUAUUUCAGUAUCUUCUCUAUGUUCUGUCUGGUUGGCUUGGCCACCUGGCAGGUCUUUUACCUGAGGCGUUUCUUCAAGGCCAAGAAACUCAUCGAGUGAGAGCGACACCAGCGGGAGGUGGGGGAGGGGGGGCGGUGGAUAGGUAGGUUGCCAAUGCAAGAGGGGAGGAGGAAAUGGAGGAGAGGUGGGGAAGGGGAGGGAAGGAU